UUACUAAGAUCGCCCAGCCUCUUCAAGGUCGAGAUAAACUUGUGAGAGCACUCAGGACACUAGAGGGAGCCUUUUGUCGCUUGGACCACUGGAGCUCCUAAAACCGGACGUGAGAAAAGCGAAACUGCAGUUCGAGUUUGGAGAUGUAUUUUAUGAAGAGACGCUUAGGGAUAGUGAACACACUAGUUCACGUAUCUCUCCACCUUCCUGAAAUCCUCUGGGGAAUACCCACAGCCCUCCACCGUACACCCCCCAUGGACUGUUGCUCACAAACACAGCUCUCCCCUAGAAAACAGAACCCUACCACCACUACCUCCGUCCUCUGGAGUUCUACACGCCUGGCUUUCUUGUUAGAAUAGGAAUGGCUGUGCGCUUGUGGGAGGGGAGCGGGUUAUGGGCAGAACUAACUCCUGAAGCAGCUGCCGUCUCUAGUUAGUCCUUCCUUGCAGAACUAAUUCGUGAAAUCCAGGAAGGCGACUACAGACUGUACUUAGACUCUUUUCCCGGGGCCAGGGGCAGGAGGUAGUGUGACACCAGAGCUGCUUCCCAAGAGAACGGGAACUUGGCAAGAUUUCUUGGUCAUUGUUUGCGCCCUCCCUCACUGGCUCCCGCACUUCCAUCCCUGUAUCUCUCAGUAGUGUUCCAGGGCACACAGGGGGUGGGAAAGCGGAUGUAUAUAUAGUCCCUGUCUCCUGUCAGGCCCAGAGUACACGCCAAGGACAGCCACGCUGAACAGCAGCAUUCACUGCUCCUGGGCCACGUCCCCACUCCUGUCACCAUGAAGCUGCUUGCAAUGGUUGCACUGCUCGUCACCAUCUGUAGCCUAGAAGGGGCUUUGGUUCGGAGACAGGCGGAGGAGCCAGCUCUGCAGAGCCUGGUCAGUCAGUAUUUUCAGACCGUGACUGAUUAUAGCAAGGACUUGAUGGAGAAGGCCAAGACCUCGGAGAUUCAUACCCAAGCUAGGGCUUACUUUGAUAAGACCCAAGAGAAGCUGACACCCUGGGUCAAGCAAGCUGGAACUGAGCUGAUGAAUCUCUUCAGCAGCCUUAUGAACCGUGAGAAGGCUGCUGUUGCUACUAAGUGAGGCGUCAAACACGGUCUUCCCAUCCCAGCUGCCACACUGCCCAGAGCCCCUCGCCUGUAUUCUGCCUGUUUUCUGCAAUAAACGAGGAAGGAGUCAAA